GUGGGCGGUGCUUAGGCUUGGAGGGCAAAGGUCCGGUGUCGCGGUUUCGCUGGCGACCGUCUUUUGGUUCGGGCCCUCGGUACCGGGCCGGGUGAGGGGUCUAUGGGUCCGAGCGGCGCGAUGCGGAGACUGCAGGUGGUGCUGGGCCACCUGAACGGCCGGCCCGACUCGGGCUCGAAGCCUGCGCUGCAGGCCGGUGGGAAAGGGGGGCGGGUAGCGCAGGCCACGGGGUCACCGCGGCCACGCUUCCUGCUGCAGGACACCACCCCCGACGAGCUCCUCUCGGCCGUCUUGACCGCGGUUCUCCAGGACGUCAAGCUGAGCCCGACCCAGCUGGGAGACAUCUGCGUGGGAAAUGUGCUGCAGCCGGGGGCCGGGGCAGUCAUGGCCCGAAUCGCCCAGUUUCUGAGUGACAUCCCAGAGACUGUGCCUUUGUCCGCUGUCAAUAGACAGUGUUCUUCUGGGCUCCAGGCAGUGGCCAACAUCGCUGGUGGCAUCAGAAAUGGGUCUUAUGACAUUGGCAUGGCUUGUGGAGUGGAGUCCAUGUCCCUGGCUGACAGAGGGAACCCUGGAAAUAUUACUUCACGCUUGGUGGAGAAGGAGAAGGCCAGGGAUUGCCUGAUCCCCAUGGGGAUAACCUCGGAGAAUGUAGCCGAGCGGUUUGGCAUUUCUCGGGAGAAGCAGGAUACCUUUGCACUGGCUUCCCAGCAAAAGGCAGCCAGAGCCCAGAGCAAGGGCUGUUUCCAAGCUGAGAUUGUGCCUGUGACCACCACGGUCCAUGAUGACAAGGGCACCGAGAGGCGGGUCACCGUGGCCCAGGAUGAGGGCAUCCGCCCCAACACCACCAUGGAGGGCCUGGCCAAGCUGAAGCCUGCCUUCAAGGAGGGCGGCUCCACCACCGCUGGAAACUCUAGCCAAGUGAGCGAUGGGGCAGCUGCCAUCCUGCUGGCCCGGAGGUCCAAGGCAGAAGAGUUGGGCCUUCCCAUCCUUGGGAUCCUGAGGUCCUAUGCCGUGGUUGGGGUCCCGCCUGACAUCAUGGGCAUUGGCCCUGCCUAUGCCAUCCCUGUAGCUUUGAAAAAAGCAGGGCUGACGGUGCAUGAUGUGGACAUCUUUGAGAUCAAUGAGGCCUUUGCCAGCCAGGCCGUCUACUGCAUGGAGAAGCUAGGACUGCCCCCCGAGAAGGUGAACCCUCUGGGGGGUGCCGUGGCCUUGGGCCACCCACUGGGCUGCACUGGGGCUCGACAAGUCAUUACGCUGCUCAACGAGCUGAAGCGCCGUGGGAAGAGGGCAUAUGGGGUGGUGUCCAUGUGCAUUGGGACCGGAAUGGGAGCUGCUGCUGUCUUUGAAUACCCUGGAAACUGAAAGAGGCGCUGCCUACUCCGUUGGAGGCAAGAAAGCAACACUACAGAAGUGACGCCACGUGGGAAAUUCGGCGUGGUGGCUGUGGUGGCAGUGGGCAAAUCGAGGCCCUUCAGCUAAUUUGGAAACUGUGAUCACUGAGGACACAGUACAGGGGUGGGUGAGGAACUGGGUUACCCAGGCCACAAGGCCACCAUGUAAUUCCCGGGGAAGGGGCUUUUGGAUGAGGAGUGCAAUAGACAUAGUAAAUGUA